CCGUGAUGAUCACGGCGUGAUGGCGUGAUCCGUACUGCGUGCACGUGUCUGAGAAUUGCAGCUUCUCCCGAAGUCGUGGACAUCAGUCUCGCCGAAUGCUGCGUCGUUUCGACGUACUCUACCACUGUCCGCGAAGAACGUAGCUUAAAUGCGUCAUCUCCGGCGAGAAAAUUACUCGAAGCGAUGACCUGCCCAGAGCUCGUAUCCAACUACUGUAGCCCGGCGAUCAAGUGGCACGAGACAGACCUCACGGUCGUCGUGUGCAUUCAAUUGACCGACGUGUCCGACUACUACCUGCGGAUCAAGGACGAUUGUUUGCAGUUCAGCACGAGUACGAACGGCAAGGAGUACUAUCUCAUUCUACACCUGUUUGGGUCGGUGGUGACGGAGAAGACUGUGCAUAAGAACGUCGGGAGGGAGAUCAAGAUCUACCUGGUGAAGGGACUCAAAUGGUUUCCGUGGCGUAGGCUGAUCAAGUCCAGAGAGAAGAGUCCAUUAAUAUCGUAUAACAUAGAUCACAUAAAGGAACCGGACAUUACCAUUAAAAAGGCCUUCGACAUAGAUAGAUUUGAAACGUACAAACGCAAACAUAACAUACGACAGAUCAUGCCCGUUGUGCCGUCCAGCGACGAGGAGGAAUCUGACGAGGACUACAUGGACUUUUACAAAUACGCAUAAAAUAUUCCUGUUCAGUUUCUCCGUAAUACAUUUGUAACAUUUUAUUCGUGUAUAAAACGAGAAACUUGUAUAUAAUGCCAUAAAAGUAAUAAGAUUAGAUGCGUUUGUACAA